AUGCAAUUGAGAAACUCGCAGAAAACAAAUGAGCAUAACAGUCCUGAGACGUAUGGUCAUCGGAUAUCAUUGACUCGAUUAAGUAUAUGGCUCGGAUUUCUUUCAAGCUUAAUAUUAACAAUAUUAAAACAAAAAGGUAGUUCAAUAAAAACAAAAGCAAAAAUUAUACAAGCAUUAGUUGAUGCUGAUUAUGUUAAAGAGUGGCCAGUGGAUUCUGAAGUUUUAUUGUCAAUAUCACCAACAGCAAUUCGUGUCGCUACAUUAUCAUUGAAAGAUUUAACGGUUUAUGAAAAACGGUUUCUGUUCGCAAGAGUGACGGUAAAUGAAAGUGACGGCGAUGAUAAUGAUGAUUAUGAAAGUCAUGAGAAAAUUGCUUAUGAAGAAAAAUCACGGCAGUUAUUACGAUUGAUAUAUUUAUCGGCAUUUAUUUCACCAAUACUAAUUGCAUUACCGUUGUCAUUAUUCUAUCAAAUAUUAAAAUAUCAAGAUAUUUCUAGCAGUUUACCGACAACUUUAGGCGUACUAAUUGCCUCGUUUAUCUUAGUUCCAAUACUUUUAGAAUUACCUACAAUGACUAGUACAAUUAAAACUUAUAAAACUAAUUAUUAUGUGUAUUUAGUUGCAUAUAUUGGCAUAUUUAUUGGUAUCGUCGGUUAUUUAUAUACACUUAAGCCUUUACAAAGCAUAAUAAGCAAAGAGCUAAAGUCAGCGCAAUAUUAUUUAACGGUAAUAGCCGAAAUAUCAGUUAGUAAUGUUAUCUUUGGAAAUUUUAUUUUAUUUUGUAUACAAUUUUAA